AGUACGCGGCGUACUGGGUGCUCUGUUUUCUUUCAAUCAACGUAAAUAAAAUUGAAAUUUUACUAAAGUUGAUUGAACGCGUUGUUAUUCCGAUUGUUACGAAAAAUUUAAAAAAAUUCUGUGAAAAAUGGGGCGCCGUUCGAUCAAUACCACAAAAAGUGGGAAAUACAUGAAUCCCACUGAUCAAGCACGAAAGGAAGCGCGUAAAAAAGAAUUAAAAAAGAAUAAGAAGCAACGACAAUUAGUAAGAGCGGCUGUUUUGAAAGGCAAAGAUCCAGCGCAGAUUAUCGAAGAAAUGGAAAAGAUUGAUCAGAUGGAGUAUAACGUAAUGCAACCACCUCCCUUGAAUGAGAAAGUAUUGAAGGACAAACGAAAGAAACUUAAGGAAACUUUAGACCGUGUGUUAAAAAUGUAUGCAAAAGAUGAUCAAGAAAAAUGGGCUGAACUAAAAGAACAAUUAAUACAGUAUGAACGUAGAAGAAUAGACUUAGUUUCCUAUUUUGAAGCUGUGCGACAUGCACAGCAAGUGCAAGUUGAUGAAAUUCCAUUGCCAUCAGCUGUCAAUGACAUAUCCAGAAUAUAUCCAGGUUCCUUAACAUCACAGAUUCCAUUACCAGAUAUGCCACAGCCACCUGCACACAUGUAUCCACCUCAUUCUCAUUAUAUAUCACAACAUCAUACUAUAAUGAAUAUUCCUGUACCACCAAGUAUCUUAAAAAAGACCAGUGCAUAUGCAACUUCUCCAGCUGUGCCUACAUUGGCACCCAAUAAAGAGCCGCCUGGUGUGCCACCUUUUCCACCUCCGGAAUUAUCAAGCGAUGAUGAAGAUACAAUUGAAAAUGUAAAAGAACCAAAAUCAAGAACGAUACGAUUUGCCGAUGAUAAAGAGGACAACAAACAAGAGUUAGAAAAUAAGGAGAAAGACGCAGAAAAGGAAAAAGAGAAAGACAGGGACAUGGCGAAAGUAAAACCGACCACGUUGCAACAAAAAAUGUUGGCAAUGGCGGGACAAGAUAUCGAUCAGUUUAUGCGAGAAAUGGAAGUCGUUCAUAAGAAGAGGGAGACUGAGCGUGCUCAAGAUCUAAACGCGCGAUUAUCGCUGCUUGAGACGGAAAACGAAUCCAAUACUAAAUCUAGCAAUAAUAAAUCUAAUAAAGGAGAAUCUGAAGAAAUAGAACCACCUGGAGCAUCAGAACAUCUCUCGGGGCACGGACAACACACAUCUCAUUCUCACGCUCAGCAUACACAGCAACAUGGCACAAUGCCACCGAUGGGCAUGCCACCUCCACCUCUACUUUACAGGCCACCUCCACCGCCAUUGCAUCUUAGAAUGCCACCACCGCCGCCACCUCGGAUUGGACUCCGAUUACCACCUGGUCCACCACCUGGAAUGCCGAGAAUAUUGAGACCUGGACCUCCAAGUAUACCUAGAAUGCCACCACCGCAAAUGCAAAUGUCGAAUAUGUCAAAUAUAACAAAUUCUCAGAUACAAACGCAAUCUGGAACUACCGCACAACCAAAAACACCCAAUGUUCUUUCUGCUGCACCACAAUUAAUUAACAGAAAGGACAAAGAUGGAAAAAGUACCACUACUAUCGAGGCAAAACCACAAAUCAGGAAUCUGGCUGCUGACGUUACUAGAUUUUUACCGACAUCUUUACGCGUGAAAAGAGAUGACAAGAAGAAAUCCAGCAAUAUUUCCAGGAUAACAGAAAGGGUACCGGAAGCGCAGCCAUUUAGAACAACGCAACCUAAGACAAAGGAUGAUGCAUAUAUGCAAUUUAUGCAAGAAAUGGAAGGAUUACUCUGAAUCUGGAAAAAAAAAUGCUUUACUUAAUUGGAAUCAUAUAAAU